UUUGGAACUAACAUCGGCCAGGCCAAGGGCAUACAUGAGGGAAAGAGCGCGCACCUCAAACCUGGAUUGCAGAUAGGGAAUCAGCCAAUCAAAAUGUAAAACUUCUGCACGUGUCAUCCGCAUAUCAAGAGUCAGAAACUUGGUACAAAAAUAUCAUCACUGGAUAAAUAAACAAAACACUAAAAAAAUUCAAAUAAAUUAAAAUAUAAUAUAAAAUCAAAAAGUAAAAACACACCGAUCGAAGUCGAGAGAGGACAAAGGAUAGAAGCAGAGCGUUUAGGUAGCCACACAUCAAUAUCCCAAUGGCAGCGACGGUUUAUGUGGCGGCAGCAUACUCCUCUUCCAUGGCAGUCACCACCGCCGCCUUCAUUCCGCCCGCCAGCAGAACCACUCGCUGCUUGGCCUUGCCUUACCUCCCAACUCGCUUAUCAUCGCACUUCUUCCGCUCUUCCAUCAAACAAGUCUCAGAGUCCCGCAGGUUGUCUCUCCUUCAGAUUAGAGCCUCUUCAGAAGAAUCCACGACUGUUGACCCUAGUGAGCUUUUCACAGACUUGAAGGAAAGGUGGGAUGGAGUUGAAAACAAGUCCACGGUGAUUCUCUACGGAGGGGGAGCAAUAGUUGCUGUUUGGCUGUCAUCAAUCCUUGUGGGAGCCAUCAACUCAGUACCUUUGCUGCCCAAGAUCAUGGAGUUGGUUGGACUUGGAUAUACUGGAUGGUUUGUCUACAGAUACCUUCUCUUCAAGUCAAGCAGAAAGGAAUUAGCAACAGAUAUUGAAGCACUAAAGAAGAAGAUUGCUGGAGCUGAAUACAAUCCACUUGAUUGAGUGGCAAACUUUCCUUCCAGUCCAGAUCUUUGUUUUAAUUCAGUAGUUUGUAUCAUUGCUCUAAGACACAUUUGUAUCUUGCAAUGUAGUCUACAGCCCUGUAUUAAUCGUGCUCUUGUAUUUUCCCAGUUCAUUAUUGUAAUAAGGAUCAGUAACAUCCAUGCAGCAAUUACAAUCUUGCAUAUAAGAUCAUAAUUAAAUGCAGCUUUUGCA